GGGGUGUUUCCUCGUGGUUGUAUACCGUCUCUAGAACGGCGUCGGAAAAACUCAGCCCUUGAGGUGGCGAAGGCAGAAGCGGCAGGUGGGGAAGAAAACGAAGGGGCAAAGCGGAAAAAGAAAAGGGUGAGACUACCGAUUCCGAAGGGUUUCUACGACUCGGUGCUCAGCGCGAGGUGGAGCCACGUCUUGGGGUUUCCCGAGGGCGAAGGGGAGGAUGAAGUGAAGAUGCGAAUGGAGGUGAAGGCGCCAGCAAAGUCGUGGGAGGACAAGAUGCUUACGGUGCUUUUGGGCUGGAUAGUGGCGGGGCGGACCAGUUGCGCCCGCCGCGCCCCACGCUGA